ACUAGUUGAUCAGCAACCUUCUACCGAGACGGAGAACCAAACCUCUCUCCGGGGACAGGUCUUCGUGACAAUUGCGGUCAAUCAGACUGGCACUGUCAGAAACGUGACCGCACGUUCCUAGUCGGAAGAGUCUGAGACGCUCGUCGGCGACCGAGCGGUCGAGACGUGCCUCGUCGAUCUUCUCGGAGAGAAGCGUCGGAGAGAGAAGCGUCUGUGCCCGCAUCACCGAUCACCACCUACCUGUCGGUUCUCCCAGGCUUGUAGAGAGGCAUAACAAUUCUUCGAGAUCACUCACGGAAGCUCAAACCCAGGAAAUACGAUAAGACGAGACGAGAACUCUGAGGAUCUCACUAAAAAUAAAGAACUCAUAUACAAUAAUCGACAUUUGGAUACUUUCGUCGGAGGAAAAGUACACGGCUGUGAUCCACGAAACCUAUAUAAUACCGAGCUAAGAAUAUUAACUACCGUAUACAUUUUGUGUCUCACCAUAUCGGCUUGACCGAGCCUGCGAGUCCCAUAUCGAGGUUGCGGAGAACCUGGAAAAUCGCAGAAUCCAGAUCGCACAAGACGCUUCGGUCGGGAAAAUUCGCGGACGGGAUCGAUCCCUCUGUCAUCGACCGAUCGAUCGAUCGCGAUUACUUUCGGGGCAGAAAGUAGAAAAAAACGACGAGGAAAAAGAAGACUCGCGCCAAGUUGCUCGUGGACGGGCAUCAAUGCAUCCCAGACAGUGGGAAGGGUUGAUUCUGCCGAGAAGCCAGCAUUGUCUCGAGACGUUGGCCCGUUAUCGUCUACGAAGUAUUUCAUGAUCGGUUCCUCAUGAGAGAGACCAGCCGCGCUAUCGUCGUAGCGAUUGUCAUCGUGAUUAUAUCUCACCUGCCACGUCCGCGACACUGUCCGACGUUGUCCGAGAAAAAGUGCCAGACUGUGAUACUACUCCGUGUGAUAGAGAAAUCGCCUUGUGAUCCGCGUUUUACCUCAUCGUACUCAAUGUCCUCAAACCGAUUGAACGUACUUGUGACCCUAAUAAUUGUCGUCGCGUUUCUUGCGACGGAAUCAGGAAAUGCACAAGCGGACGGCUACCCCCAAUUUGAUUCGGUACUACACAGCAGGACUUCACCGCAGAGAUAUUGCGGCAAGAAGCUAUCCAAUGCUUUACAGUUAGUCUGUGAUGGCGUGUACAAUUCCAUGUUUAAAAAGAGUGGUCAAGUUGUCCGGGAAGAAGCGAAUACCGGCCGCAGGAGUACCGGCUUUGACUACGUACGCACUCAAGAAAUGGAGAUGGCCGAUUACCCGUACGAACCUCCCCCGUUCCUACCUCGAGCAAGAGCACGGGGGAUGCUGGACAGAGUAUUCGGCGGCAACAAACGUUACCGAAGACAAACGCGAGGCAUCCAUGAGGAAUGCUGCCUCAACGCGUGCUCGAUGAACGAACUGGCCACCUAUUGCGGUUCCCAGGCCCUGUCCUAAGCGCGUGUCCGGUAAUCCUUUGACCUUCGCUUUACCAUGCAACCGAAUAAUUCCAGACAUGCGUGCAUAUAUCCCAUAUACUUACACAUAGACACAGACAGAUACACGUACACAUUUACACAUACCACAAAUGUGCAAUACACGUUUAAAAAGUUCACCAGUAGUUGCAUCAUUGCUCAUGCUGGAGACUGACUCGUGAUAAUUAUGUGUAUACAUUUAUGUAAUUUUUUGCGGAGAAACUUUUCUUAAUACAUGAUCGUGUGCUGGA